UGUGCGAACGUUGGAGUCGGGAGGUACGGAGGUAAAAAGAGAUAGUGGAGCCGCCAGGAGGCCGCUCGAUGGGUUCGCCCCGUUCGUCGUGUUUACGUCCGUCACUCGCCUUCCUCUUGACGUCCGCGCUGCUCUAGGUUUACGCCACUCUCUCUUCCCCUUCGCAUCACCGCAUAUCUUCCGUGUUUCUAACCUAACAUCGUCUCCAUCGCACGCGAGAGAUAUGAAUGCCAUGCUCCUUUGAUAGAGGUAUCACGUCGUCGCCGACAUCACCGACACGCACCGGACCCCUAGCAACCCCCAUCGCAUCGGGGGAUCGUCGUCGUCGAUCGAUUAAGAAAGGCUGACGGCUGGGAACGGCGCUCAUCCCAAGUACAGUUACUAUACCUAUAAACCCAACACUACGUAUAGUAAUGUCUGUCCCUCCUUCAUCCUCCAACAAUAUAUCUGACAAUAAUAAGCUAGGCGGUGCUAGUCCUAGUCCAAUUGAGGGAAUCGAGGAAGUUCCAGGACCAAGUUCCUUGGAUCCUAUGCAUUCAGUAUUGCCACAAGAUGAGGAAUCUGAAGAUUAUGGAGAUGAUGAGGAGGAGGGUGAUGAAGAAAGUAGUGAGGGAGAAAGUGAAAUUAGCGAUAGUGGAUUGUUUUGCGAUACCGAGUGUACAGCAGAAAUCGAAAGCAACAAUUGUCAGUCACCUAUACUACAGUCUCAAGUGGUUCUCUCUGAACAAGUUCAAAGUCCAGUAUCGCAUAUUUGUGUGCCAUUGGAUGCUAUUCAGCCUCAGAGAAAACGAAAAAGUGAAACAGAGUGUUGUCUACCUUGUAAAAAACUUAAUCCAGAAGAAAAGUCUCAAAUAAUGACUGCAAGAAAACUAGAUGAUAAAGGUAAACACGUGAGAUGUGUCAUUCCUACUAAGGACAAUCCUCCUCCAGAAAUGAGCAGUUGGCUUUUGCAAUUUCAGAGAUGGUCAAAUGCGGAAAGGAUGUUAGCGAUAGAUGAACUAAUAGAAAGAUGCGAGCCCACGCAAGUGCGUCACAUGAUGCAGGUGAUAGAGCCACAGUUUCAACGGGAUUUUAUAUCUUUGCUGCCAAAAGAGUUGGCGUUGUCGGUAUUGGCAUUUCUGGAGCCGAAGGAUCUCCUGAGGGCUGCCCAAACCUGCCGAAACUGGCGAUUUCUAGCUGAUGAUAAUCUACUCUGGAAAGAGAAGUGUAAGGCAGCUGGUAUAGAAGACUUGAAAGAUCUACUACCGCCGAAACGAAAGAACUGUCGAAGCAGCAACCACUCGUCACCGUGGAAACAGGCUUAUAUGCGGCAACACAAUAUUAAAAUGAAUUGGAGGACGAAGCCGAUUCGUACACCAAAAGUGUUGAAAGGUCAUGAUGACCAUGUUAUUACAUGCCUUCAAUUCUCUGGCAAUCGGAUAGUCAGUGGUUCAGAUGACAAUACACUCAAAGUAUGGUCCGCUGUUACGGGCAAGUGUUUACGGACAUUGGUUGGGCAUACCGGGGGCGUGUGGUCUUCGCAAAUGUCCGGUACAAUUGUUAUCAGUGGUAGUACAGAUCGUACUUUGAAAGUGUGGAACGCGGAAACUGGCCAGUGUAUUCAUACAUUGUAUGGUCAUACCUCAACAGUUAGAUGUAUGCACCUGCAUGGUAACAAGAUUGUCAGUGGUAGUAGAGACGCGACACUAAGAGUGUGGCAGGUGGACACAGGGGAGUGCUUACAUGUGCUCGUGGGGCAUCUAGCGGCAGUUAGAUGUGUGCAAUAUGAUGGAAAGUUGGUGGUCAGUGGUGCCUACGACUAUAUGGUCAAAGUUUGGAAUCCAGAACGUGAGGAGUGCCUUCAUACCUUACAAGGACAUACUAACCGCGUUUAUUCCCUCCAGUUCGACGGUGUGCACGUUGUUAGCGGAUCAUUGGACACGAGUAUAAGAGUGUGGGAGGUAGAAACAGGUGCUUGUAGACAUACUCUGAUGGGUCAUCAAUCUCUUACUUCGGGGAUGGAGUUGCGCAAUAAUAUAUUAGUGUCAGGCAAUGCUGAUUCUACCGUUAAAGUAUGGGACAUUGUUAACGGUCACUGCCUUCAAACUCUUUCCGGUCCGAACAAACAUCAAUCGGCGGUUACUUGCCUUCAGUUUAAUAGCCAUUUUGUGAUUACGUCCUCUGACGAUGGUACAGUAAAACUCUGGGAUGUUAAGACUGGUGAUUUCAUUAGGAAUCUAGUUGCUCUGGAAAGUGGUGGUAGCGGCGGUGUUGUGUGGAGGAUUCGAGCGAGUGAUACGAAACUAGUGUGUGCAGUAGGUAGUCGUAACGGUACCGAGGAGACAAAACUGCUUGUCCUCGAUUUCGACGUUGAGGAGCAUUUGUCAACGGUGGCAGACGAAAUCGAGGCGACUGAGACGUACUGAAACUGCGAGGCAAAAUGACAUUAAUCGAAGAAUCUCAUACCUCCUGGAGCAAACAAGAAAACUGUCGACGACAAUUCACGUCUCUUUCGGAGAGAUCAUACAAAUCUUUUUACGAGAAAUUUCAAAUGGUUUUGUUGUAUUUUGCAACA